AUGUCCUCCCCAUCGCCCGUCGAAGCCCCUCCGCAUGUAUUACAGCUCCUCUCUCAACUCCAUCGAAUGUCGCUGGAACAGGAAGCUACCAUUUCGAAAACCGGCAAAGUUUUCUCGUCGGUAGUUAUGGGCGAUCUUGAGGGUAGGCGUCCAGAUGGUAACCCAAGGGAUGCAUUUGAUCAGCUCAUGCUUGACAAAUUCAUCGCUCUCGAUGAGGACAAAUGCCAAUUCAUGUACCAGCUGAUCUGUUCUAUGGGGGCCACCAAUAUCGUUGAAGCAGGGACCAGUUUCGGAGUUAGUACCAUAUACCUUGCUCUUGCUGUUGCCAAGGUUAAGGCCGCUACUGGCAAAUCUGGUAUUGUGAUCGCGACGGAAAAAGAGCACACAAAAGCCGCAAUUGCACGAAAAUACUGGGCACAAUGCGGUACAACAGUCGAGCAAGAGAUUGAAUUAAGAGAGGGUGACCUGCUUGAAACCCUGAAGAGCGGGUUACUAAACAUCGAUAUUCUCCUUCUCGACAUUUGGUCUGCACUCGCUCUUCCCACGCUUAAGACUGUACAGCCCCAUCUCCGACAAGGCGCAGUGGUGAUCACCGACAAUACUAUCUCUGGAGCAAAGGGGUACGCAGAUCUGUUGGCCUAUCUGCGAAAUCCCGAAAAUGGGUUUCAGAACAUGACAUUGCCUUUCACCAAUGGGCUCGAAAUGAGUGUUUACAUGCCGCGAUCUCAAUAG